CGAGCGUAAAGCGCUAGUUCUCAAUCUGUUUGAAAAAUGACUUCGCCUGGCUGGAGCGAGCGAGUCAAGUCGACGGCAUUCAACAACCUCGUUCUGCUGGGCCUGGACGCCGCUCAGCUCGAGUCCCAGUACCGCAUCGCCUUCCAUCGCGGCAUGUUUGACACUCCCAACAAGAAAGGCAUGGAGAUUGUCCUGCGCCUUGUCUUUGGCGCCCUGAACGAGCCGCUCGCCACACAGACUUUCCGUGGAUGCUAUCCCGUGAGCGACAAGCAGCAAGAGCAAGACUUCCGCAAGGCCGUCAUGGCUUGGCUCACGCGCAUCGACGAGGCGCAUCCCGACGCGCAGCUGCCACGACUCGCGCCGUCGCUGCUGCUUGCCCCGCAAGGCGAGCGAUUCUACUGGCUCGUGCUCAAGCUCUCCUCGUUUGUACUCAAGCAACGGCUCCAAGGCAAAGUACCAGUGGUGCGUCCAUUGGACCCGAAAAAUCCGGCACUCCUCGAAGCAUCCGAACGCGCAUUGCAGCUGCACAUUGCUCGACAAAUGGAAAUCAUCCAGACCCAGCACGAGUCGAGUGCUCGUGCGCAGCAGGGUUGCCGCGACUAUGUUGACGAACUGAGCCAGCAGCUUGGAGCGUUAACGACUGAGAAAGAAAAGCUACUUGCUCAAGUCCGAGCUUCGCGACGAGAUCGACGAAUGACACUUGCUGCCGCGCAAAUCGACCAAACAAAUAUGGCAUCGUUUGAGCGCCAGCAAGAGCUCGCGUCUGUGCGUGAAUUCUGGUCCAAAUUUGAUACAGCGACGGCUCAGAUUGCGAGCGAUCGAGGCAUGCUUCAAACGAUUGUUAGCGGUACGGCCAAUUCCAACUCGCUUGACAGCCGCGACCUGCCGUGUACAAUGGACGAACGGCUGGCCAGCUUGGUGCGCCCGCACAUCCAAAAUGGCUCGUUGGACACAGUCGUCGAUUCUGGCCACAAUGUCAACCUGGUGAGCUUGGUCAAGGUUUGGAACUUGUAUCUGGCCGACUUGCUGGCGGCUGCCAAGCGGGCUCGUGCAGCGUCUGGGACCAAGGACUCGCUGAUGCCAAACUUGCAAACGACCCUGUCGACGCUCGCAACCCUCAACAAGAUCGGCUCGGCUCACCUCGCCAACGCGCAGCAGCUGAGAACGGACGCCUCGAGCGAGCUGGAUCGACUCCGAGAAAGCAGUGUCCAACGACUUCCGCACGGUUUGCUGCCAGACCGCACACCUCCAUCAAAAAGAGCUACGGCCGUCGCGCUCAAACCUUCUGUCACGACUCCCGCUGCACCACCAACUCACCGACGCUCAAACCAGUUGAAAUUGUCUCCGAAAACCCCCGGCGCACGUGUGCAGCGACCUAGUUUUCAGAAUGAUAUGAGCAGCAGCCUCACGCAGAAUCUUGGCGGUCGCAGCAGCAGCAACAGCAGCAGCAGCAGCAAACCGUCGCCGAUUGGCGUUGGAAAAGUCCAAACCUCCCUGUUGUCGCAGCCCGCUCUUCGUUCAACCACUUCCAGCACCCCAAAUCUUUCUUUUGGUCCAACAGCGGUUCACGACGGCAGCGAGGACGAGGUUGAUACUGACCAGGCCGGACUGGAUGAGGCUGAUCCUGACGAGGAAGACUUGGCCGACGAGGGCGCGCAGGAACAGCAUCACGUAUUUGCACCGCUCAACUUUUCCAUCCUGCCACAAGAGGAUGAUUUGUCCAUGUCUGCAGCAGCAGAGCAGACUCCAGAGCGACCUGGAAUGUUUGCAAGCUCGCGACAGCAAACGCCGCUCGCGCAGUCCUCUCAAACGCCACUUUUUGCAUCAGGCCUUGCAUCAUCAUCAUCUGCAUCAUCGCGUGCGGCUCCAUUCUCCUUCAAAUUCUCUGCCGACAGUAUCGUCGAGCACGAUCUUCUGCCUGGAGCGGGUCUGGACGACAUGGUUGAGAUGGAACUUCGCGGGGACGAUGUGCGCUCAACCGUGCUGCAGCUUCUCCCCGAGCCAGAUGUCUCUCCCAUAGCAGCAGCGUCGUCAACGCCGCAGUCAGCAAUGUCGCAUCGAUCGCCCGGAGCGUGGGGCUCGGGGGACGCGCAUCGCUCGCCCAUGGCCGCGACAAACCUGAACGACAUGAGCAUCAUGCCUGAAAUUCAUUACGACGACGAAGAACUCGAUGCCGCGGAGGAUUUGCUCCACGGAAGUAUGCUGGAGGUGCAGGACGAGGAAGAGGAAGAGCAGGAGGAGGAAGAAGACGAGCAGGAGGAUGCCUUUGUAUCCGAUGAUGUUGCAUCACGGCUCCAAACCGUCGAAGCUGAGUUGCUUUCGUGGGCGGCAGCCAAACGGAAUCCUGCAGCGUCGCUCGCGCCUGCACUGGGAACGGCAAACUCUUCCUCCUUCUCCUCGCUGCACCAGAACCAGAACCAGAACCAGGUCUCACUCAACAACCUCGACCAAUCCGCUGGCUCGAUGGAAGACGAAAACGUCAACGGAAUCCGACAGCAGCUGUUUGCCACACCCGGUUUGCUCAGAUUCCAGUCGUCCCAGCCGCAGCAAGCAGCGUCCACGACCACCUCGCGCUCAACGUUGCGCCAAUCGAAUGUCGUUGCUGCUUCACCCCGACAAGCUCCUCCCGCCAGAACAUUGCUGGAUAUGUCUUUUGCAAGUUCCUCUCCUGGGCGAAGCACCGCCAUCCCUGCCAACUUCAACUCGUCUCUACCUCCGACGACUUCCACGCAGUACUUUGAACAUCCAGCUCGUACCGCCAAGCAAUCGUCACCCGCACGCUCCGAGGCCAUGUUCUCUAGCUCCUCGUCGGUGCGCGCCCACCCAUCUGCUGCAGCUCGAUCGUUGCUGGAUGUAUCGUUGCUUCCCAUCGGCUCUCCUCGAGAAAACAACAUUCUGAAGGCACAAUCUCUGAACGAAUCGUUGAUCACUCAUCAUAAUAACGGGAUCUGGGCUGGCGCUCAAAGCCGCAUGUUUAGUGAUGCAGAUGUCACGUUGGAUCUGAACACGAACGAUGAAGACGUGGAAGACCACGGCUCCACCAGCUUUCUCUUCCCGUCUACCCCGGCUGCUCGUCCCCAACCAGCGUAUCGACCAUCUGAAGUCAAAGCACCCGCCAGUAUCCUUCGUUCUAGCAGCUCGUUUGGCUCAAAGAAUGCGCCGGGGUCGGUUCGAGCGACUCCGCGAGUUCGGUUUGGUCAGAAAGUGGUUCACACCCAAGCCGCUCAUAGUCCAACGAGCACCGCGUCCUUUCAACUACACUCUACCAAUCCGAACGAGAUGAAUGUCAGCUUUAUGUGAUUUACUGUGUGUGUGUGUGUGUGGGGGGGGCAACAAGGGAUGGAAUUUGAAGAGAGGUUGUUUUUUGAACGAAUAAAAAAAAUGAAAUCA